UGUAAAUUUCUCCUUUAUUUUUAAAAUUUAAAACUAAGGCAAAAUCCCUAACCCUUCUUCUCCGUCUCAGGGUACCAAAACAGGGACUUGCACCUUCUUCUCCAAGUUGGAACCUUGCUCCCUUCUUCUCCGUCUCCGUUCCCGGCGUCGGAAACUGAUUGCGAUAUUCCUAACAAUCAAUAACCGUUCUUCCUUCCUGUUCUCCGUUUCUCUUCCCACGGGUUGCUGAAAACUCCAUCGAAGGCGGUCGCAGCGGCGGGACGGCGACUUGCCACUCCUCUUCUCCGAAGAGUCAUUAUGUGAGGCUAUUGAGUAGAGCCCCUUGGUGCCCCCUUCUUCUUCUUCGUCUCCGUUCGGCCAGCUGAGUAUAUCUCUUCUCUUUGAAUAUCAAGAUUUAAGGGAGAUGAUAAAACUGGAUUGGUUAUUGAUAAUGAGUUCUAUCAGUGAUUGGUGCAAUGGAGGUUGAAAAUUGGGCUACUUCUUCUGAUGGAACAGCUGAUUCGGAUGCCUACUUGCAAGAUACAGAUGAUGAAGAGAUUCACUAUAAGUCUGGAUCUUUCCCCAAGUUGCAAAUUAGGAAAAAUAAAUCCAAGGCUCGCUGGGAUGCGGAGAUGGGGAUGGCACAGGUUAUAGAACCGAAGGGUAGAAUAUGGACAGCAUUGGGAGUAGUUCGAAGAAGCAAAAUCUACUGCUUCAUUGAGGAGAUCCUAUAUCUGGCUCAAAUUGGGGCAUUAGUUCUCUUGGAUGCAAAUGAUGCUGUCGUCUCCUUGAAAGAUAUAUAUGAGAAGGUUGCAGAAGGCAAUAAUGGAUGUCAUUGGGAGGCUUUUGAGGCUUACAGACACUUAAGGUCCCUGGGAUACAUAGUCAGUCGACAUGGGGCCCCUUGGACUGAGAAGAGUGUCAAGAGUGUCCCUGGUUCUGCUUGUCUUGACGGCACUACAGAAAGCAAUGAGGUAGCAGAUAGGAAAUCAGAGGAUGAACUUUCCAUCAUUAGCCUGUUUAAAGAUUUGAAUAUUAAUGAAGUGGGGCUGGAUUUUGAUGUGCAUCUUCCCAACAGCAAGUUUAGAAAGUCUUGUCCUGGUGAUCCAAGUUUUAUCCUCUGUUUAACCAGUUUCUUUUGUAGGGGUCAACCACCACUGAGAGAAGAGAUUGAAAACCUUGAGAAAAAGUGCAAUGGUAUUCCUUUGAAGUUUUGUCAUGUAGAUCAUGGGCGUGUCAGUUUCUUUUCCUUCGACAAAUUGGAGCUUCCAGUCCUACCCUGAUGAUCCCAGAAGGUGGAAUUUUGUUCAAGUGAAGUUUCAGAGAUGGGUGGCAGAAAAGUAUCCAUUUUAUGAUCUGAUGUGUACAGGAGAUUCAGGAGCAGCUCUUUGUAUGUGGCCGAACCUGUUUACAAGUAGGUAAUUUUUAAUUUCGUAUUUAUGAAUAUGCUUGUAACCAAUUCAUUGGACAGAUUUGAUGGAAUGGAAAUUGAUCCUACGCCGCUGCUUGUGCACUUUCCUUC